UCUAACUUCACUUCACGUAGAGCCUUCUAAAAAUAUAAACACAACACAUACACCCUUCAUUCAAUCGGCAAAAUUUUCUCUUUCGGCAGCACACAGAAAACUGUUGUAAAUUAACGUAUCUGUACCGUGUUCUUCUGCUGGGUUUUUGUUUCUCAGUGUCUAGACUACCAAUUUCCCGGUUUUCCUCCAGACCGUAUCUUUCGCAAAUAAGCCCAACGAAGACGUUAACAGAAAAAGGAAAAUUAAAGAAGAUUACAUCUCCGAUAACGAUUACAAAAAUCUCCAAAAGCCCAAAAAUCUAGAGCCGCCAUCCAGUGAUCAGCACCUAAAACGAAUUCUUAUCGAGGAACGCUUUUGGGAACAUAUUGGAUAGCAAAUUAAUAUCCCGGCAAGAGGUAAGCAAUGGAAGAUUUGCAUCUUAAGCUCGGCGAUUUGCCCCAGCAGGCGCUAGCCGCCCGGCACAGUUUAAUUCUGGGCCAGAAAUUGGGUUCUGCAAUUGGAUUACAGCAAGCGUCGCAUCAUCACUUAAAUCAUCAGCUCAAUCAGCUAAAUCAGCUCAAUCAGCUGAGCCAGUUAAAUCACUUAAGUCAAUUGAACCAGCAGCUGCAGCAUCAACUUCAACAACAACUAAAUCUGAAUCGCCUCUCAUCGGGCCUUAAUCUCAAUUUGGGUUUAAGCCAAAAGUUAACUGGUGAUCAUCAUCAUCAUUGUCAGAUGCAGCAGCAACGUCCACUUCACCACCAAAUACAAAUGGGCCUGGGUCUGGAUCUUGAUCUGGAUCUAGCAGUCAAUUUGGAUCUCAACUUAGAGGGUAGCAGUAUGAACAGCACUAGCAGUAGCACCGGCAGCACCAGCAGCACCAGCACCACGAGCAGCGAUCAUGGAUCUGGAAUUGGUCUUGGUGGCCGAAGAUGGACCACCCAAGCCCAAGUUCACUCGGCCCAUGACCCUGUCCAGGAUAACAAUGGUGAUUCGCUAAAUGUGAAGGGUCGUCCGAGCUGCUUAACGCUGGGUCACGAUGAUGGAGAAAUGGAGAAGGAUGCGCUUUGGUUUUGCAAAUCUCCGUCAACGGAUAAGCCCUCUGCUUCCAUCUAUUUGACGGCGGCCAAAUCAACGUUAAAUGCCAAUGCCACUGCUUAUACCAUGCCCACCACUGAAGGACGAGGACUCAUGCCGAAAACCUCGCAGAUUUCUGGUGAUUUUAAGCUCAAUGUCGAGGCGCCUGUAUUCAAACCCGCUGGCUUGCUGGCUCUACCGACGACCUCAGUACUGCCGGCAGCACCACUAAAUCCGCUCAACCCUUCAACACCACAGCUUUCGGAGCAGGGAUUGCAGCUUUAUGGCUGCACCUCCCGGCAAAGUAUCCGUUGGCGCAAAGAGCCUUUGCCGGAUCUAUUUAGAGCCGUUCUCUCACUGAUGCGCGAACUCUUACGAUCCGUAAGCUAUCCGGAGAUUAUAAAUACCCUGGCAGUGAGACUCCAAAGGCCGGAGGUGGAGUUGAAGCGCCAUUUGCCGCAUACAUUGCACACAGCCGUCAUUAAUGGUUAUCUGAAGAAGGAUGGCAAUCGGUAUACACUCAUGUCCGAAACUGAUCAGAUGGAGAUCAUGCGGCGCAAUCAGGUGGCCGCCAAACGCGCCAAGGAGCUGGAGAAGGAGCCAUUAUCCUGGCGCAAGCGAUAGUUCCUCACUAUAUAUAUAAUAUAUAUAUAGUAUAUAUAUAGGGUAUUGUUGGAAGCUCUAUACGGUUGCGAAAUGUGCGCCCGCAACCGUGAUACAUACAUUUCUACAACCGCACAUCCUGCAUCCUGCAAUCUGCAUCCUGGAUCCCACAUACCGUAUCCUACCACUUCAACAUUUCAUAUGCUUUGGCUUCAUACCUUUUAUAUUUGAGCUAGCACAGCACUCGCGGCUGUGAGAGACUGUAGUCCUAUGAGUUGCACACACCCCAGAGCCCUGAGUCCUGUGCCGCAAAGACGAGCCCUGCAAAUAAUGGUUUUACUGUAAGUGAACUAUGUUCCGCGGACCAGUGAUCCGUGCGAUCCUCGAUGCGUGAUCCGCAAUCCUCAGAUCCACGAUCCACUGUCCGCAAAUGAAGUCACGAUGACAUAUACGUAUAUAUAUAUUCAAUUUUGUAUAUAUAUGUAAAUAUAUAUAUAAAAACCCAAUGGGGCCGGCCAUUUGUCGAGCUGCUGCCUCCAAAGGAUGUUUCGUUGCCUGCUGUUCCCUUUGGUGUUCUAACAACCACACACAAUCGAGUUGUCCUGGUUCAGCGCUUUAUAUUUGCAAGCUAUUCAAGUAAAUAAAAUUGUA